AUGUCUUGGUUAGGAAAGAAGUUCCCUGCGCCUAUCGCAAAGCCAAUGGCUCCUUUCUUCGUUGCAGGUGCCGUCAUUAUGUACGGAAUCAACUCUGCUGCCAACGCCAUGGCAAACAGCGAGGAGUUCAAGAACGAUCCUAGAAACCCAAACGCAAAGACCCCAAAGCCAGCCGAUAAACACUAA